GUCGAUCGUGCACCGUAGUUGUGCUCCAACUAACGAGCGAGUAGGAUUGUAAAGAAUUUUCUCUGUUCGUGUUCCAUUCGUAAGCGUUGUUUUCGAUUUCCGCGUCGAUCUUCUCGCGUAUAACAAAUCAAUCGACGUAAAGAUGACUUCCCUACGAUCUUAUUGUUGAACGAGUUACUUAUGGAAAGGCAGUCAAAACCAGCCGUCAGUAUGAUGCAGGAGAUCACAGACCAGUCCUCCAGGACUGUCCUCCUGAAUACGUUUGUGGUAAAAAAGAAACGGUGCAGAGUCUACUUUCAUCGUGGCACUCUCAUCUGGGAAACGGAGAAACCUCCAUAUACGAGAUGGACACUACCGAUGACUGACGUGCUCGCCGUUCGUUACGGGGAUGAUUGGAUACAUGGGGUGAAUCUGAAGGAGAAACAACCGCCUCCAACAUCGCCUACCUCGCCCACCGUCUGCCCGACGAAUUUCAUUCUCCACUACGCUGUACGUGGACCAAAGAAUAAAUGGAGCCAUCACAGCGUGACCAUGAGUCACACCGACCCUAGGCAAGUCGCCUCCUGGGUUAAAACCAUCCGAAAUUACCUCAUGGGAUUAACCCAUCGUCCUAGGAAGAUUUUACUAUUCAUCAACCCGUUUGGAGGGAAGAAAAAGGGUUUGAAGAUUUGGGAGAAGGAUGUACAGCCUCUAAUGACUAUUGCUGGCAUUGAUGCGAAGAUACUAGUUACAGAGAGGGUUGGCCAUAUUCGUGAUGUCCUCUUAAGCGUCGAUUUUACUGACUUCCAUGCGAUAGUAUGCAUCGGCGGAGACGGUACUGUCGCGGAGGUGAUCAACGGCCUGGUACUGAGGACCUCGAGGGAUCGACAAAUCGACCCGAAUAAUCCAGAAGUGAAUCUACCGACUCCUCGACUUCCGAUCGGAGUGAUACCCAGCGGAAGUACCGACACGAUCGCGUACAGCCUCCAUGGAACCACCGAUGUGCAAACGGCGACGAUACAUAUCAUUUUUGGCGACAGCACUGGCCUCGACGUCUCCUCCGUGCACAAUGACCAGUCGUUGCUCAGGCUAUACGCCAGCAUGCUCAGUUACGGCUAUCUAGGCGACGUGAUACGGGACAGUGAAAAGUUUCGUUGGAUGGGACCCCAAAGAUACGAUUACUCCGGUUUCAAGAAGAUCCUCGCGAAUAAAGGUUACGAAGGUGAGAUCCAGCUCCUAUCGGACCCUUGCCAUCCAGCAACCAGUACAAGAUGUAUAAAAAACUGCACCAGGUGCCUCCAACACAUGCACAACAGUAUUCCGGAUAAAGAAAUAACCAGAUGGUUGACUAUCAGAGGUAAAUUCUUCAUGGUGAAUGGUGUCAAUCUCGCCUGUGGUUGCUCCAGGAGCCCCAUGGGUUUCAGCCCUCAUUGUCAUGUCGGAGACGGUUGCGUAGACGUAAUUCUCGUCCGACAUACCUCGCUUUUUAACAAUAUCAGGAUGUUGUUGAGGUUGUCCAGCAAACAGAAGACUUUGUACGAUCUGCCGUUCGUCGAGGUGUAUAGAGCCAGGGAGUUCACGUUCCGCACCUUACCUACCCUGCACAUGCAGUCUAGUAGCGAGAUUAGCAACCGCUAUCUGAACUCGAGCCUGAGCGUAUGGAACUGCGACGGCGAGGUGAUCGAUAGCUCCAAUGUGAAAAUCAGGGUACACUGCCAACUAGUGAACAUAUUCACGAGACGAGCCCAGGAACCAGUUCACGGCCGGACCUGUUUCUGUUAGUGGCGAGUAGUAGUCGAUCUGCUGGUCACCAACGUUGCGUUGCUUAAAGUAAGAGAACGACAAACGCGCGUUUUCGAACGAACACGAUGGCAUUCAAAUCGCAUAGUUCCUUCGACUUGCCCUAAUUAAUCGUUAUCGCGAUAUCGAUGCGUGGCGCGCGAGGACAACGAAUAAUUGUCCCGCACGGCGACCACAUCUCCAAAGAUGACUGGGUAUACCAUAACAUCUUUUCACGACUACGAAGAAACGUUUGUAGUUGUGAAACAGAAAAACUGUCUAAGAAUAUCGUUAAAUCUAUACUUUAAAGUUUACCAAUGUAUGAAAGUCGUAGAAUUGGUAACGAGGAAAUUGAAGAGUUUGAAAUUUUUUGAAAGAAGUUUGAAAUUCGGAAACAUUCAAAACACGCAGUAUUGAAUAUCUUGAAUAGUCCAUGACGUCGCAAUUCACAAGAUAUCGUCGUUGUUCGAGCGUCCGACUAACAGCGGAGCUUUCUACCGAAUACUCCGUGCGACGCGUGUCACAGCUAUGCCUAUCUGUCCGGUAUUUCUUCGAAUCAAGGUCUGAAACCACCAAGAAAGAUGUCAACGUCCAUGAAGACCACGAAGAAUACGGGACCUUACGUUUGCACAGCGAUACUCGGCCAAUCCUUUUCCCUUUUCCCUUCUUAUUAUUAAAUUAUAGCCUGUAAUCGUCGAACAUUCCAUCGUGGAUGUCUCCACUACGCUGCGACUCAGCCGAUAAAUUGUACUUACAGAGUUUUGUAUAACGGAGACCGGUUUUUCCGGUCUUUUCCCAACGUUGUUGCAGUGGUUGCGCAUUUUCGUACUUAAAAUACACACACAUACACACUUGAGAUGCGAUUAUCGUAGAUUCGGUGCAUGGAUGGACUUUUCUCUGAAUGAGAUUUCUAAAGAUAUUACCAUUAGGGCGCUUAAGUUUACUCGAUAGAAGUUUAGAGUGUAUAGUACGAGCGUCGUCCUUAAGACUCCAUUAUAUAUUUUUCACCUGGAGGACGAGCCAAAGAGACGAAGAAAAGUGACUUAAGUGCUAUGAGUUCGCAAUCGAAGAAAAUAAGAAAAUCGUAGGAGAAUCGACGAAGUGUUGUUUGGAACUCUUUAAGGUAUCAGUAUAGUCAAUUGGUUUCUUGACGAGUUGAACUUUAGAAUCCAAUGGAAUUUACUAAUUUGGAUCAAUUUUCAGAUAAUUUUCCAACUCUGGCCGCCUAUGACAAUUCUAAAUUUCCAACAACGAAUGACCGAUCUUUUUUUUGCUUUCCAAAAACCUCUUAAAGUUUUCUAACAUAACUAUAUUCUGUCAGAAAUGUUUCAAGGUUCAACGUUUAAACGUUUCAUCAAAUGGUCAUCCAAACACGUGCAAAGAUACUUUGACUAAACUGAUAUCUUUGUGAUCCAAGCGUUUCGUCGUCGGUAGCAUUAGACUAGCGAUAUUUUCUUUAUGAAGCCCAAGAUGGCUGACUACCUGUACAGACAAAAAGAAAGAGAAAAAGAGAACACAUGUAUUUUCGUGAAACGAGCACGAUUUUAAGAAAGCUGCAUCUAUAGCUGUAGAGAAAAUGAGACGAGGAUCAUAGCUAUUAGUGGUUAAGCUUAGAAUACUUCGAAGAAGAAUAGAGCGGCAUUUACUUUACCGGGACAAGUAUUUUCAUUUAUUUAUUUAAUUGUAGGAAAUAAGCUUCGUGAAGAUCGGUGUUAGUGCGAUCCAUCAACCGUACUAUCGUGAGAAAUGCACUAGUAUGUCGAUGCAUUCACAGUUGCGUUGUUUCGAUAGUUACCUCUUUUUAUUUAUAAUUAUGAUGAUACAUAUAAUAUGGACGGUUAGCGUUCAUAAGCGAGUGAACAGAAUAAGGUUUCGAAUAUUUGAUCUAAGAACCAUUUGUAGUCAGCAAUGUGGAUAUUGUUAACACGUUGACAUCAGUGACGCAUGUUUUUUAUUAAAUUUUCUAAAAUGACCAAAGUAAGAUAAAUUUCAUGCACUAAGGAAUUUUCAACAAUAUGAAGGAUUUAGACAACAUUGCCAGAGUAAAAGCACAGUAUUGUACAUUUAAAUCUAUUCCACCUCCCAUGGCAAAAAUAUGUAAAAUUCGCGUGACAGCCAACGUGUUAAAACUUUAAGAGCUUACGACAAGAAUUAAGUUACCUUUUUUGUUGAUAAUCGGAAAUGAGAGAGAAUCUGCUAGAAGUAAGAUAUUUUUAUAUAUUUAAUAUUGAAACAGCUGAGAUGGCCCAAAUCGAAGAAAGAGUGUAAACAUAAAAAUUUAUUGGAAAGAGAACGAUAUGUCCCUUUGAUUAUAAUUUAAUCUUCGUCUUUCUUUCUCGACCUGAAAAUUUGCAGAUUGCAAAGAAAGAUGAUGCGUAUUACAACGAUAGAGAAUUUAUAGUUGUAAGGAAGAAGUAUUGCACGCGUUAGAAAUUUUGUUGGAGCUUUAGAAAGGAGAACCGUUCCCCAUGAAAUGGUUCGUUUGUAAGCGAAGACGCGAGCGGCGAGUGGAAACUUUCGUUCGAUCGUUUCUAGUCUGUUGCGUUCACAUCGAAGCAUACGAGUUCCGUCCUUGGUUUCUGUUUCCUGCAGCUUUGUUUAUUGUCAAGGGAUGGAAGUUUCCCUCGCCUAUCCAUCAAUUUCCGAUGUGGAGAGAAAGUUGUAAAAAAGAAAAAGAGAAAAGUAUUUUCGUGGUAUAAUCAACGAUUUGCCCCGAGGGCCAAUCUUUCGUUAUAUCGUUAAAAGAACUAUGUUGAAAUUUCACUUUCGUUUGUAAUGUUUCGUUGGUUCUGUGAUAUUUUGAAUUUUUUCUUCUUUUUAUCUUGUUCGUUGAACAUAAAUCGUUCGUUGAACGUAGUGAAUCCGCUGAAUUAAUCGCCGCGCUGUCGCUUUGUAUUUCCGACUUUCAGGACCGACAUAUUGCAGAGAAAGAACGACGUUACCUUGCGAUCGAUGUUAAACAAACCACUGUACCUCUCGAAUUUCGUCCAAAAUGCAUUUUUUAUUUUCUCACGUCAGUGUUGACUAGCUCGUUCGACAAUUCGAUUCCACGUGCUCUAAGAUUCUUUAACCUUUUGGGGUCUGAUUCUUUACUGCAAUAGCAUUCUUCUCUUUCUUUCCUUUUAAUUUCUUUCGUAUAUUUUUAAUCAAUUCUGACAACGAAACAUUUCCCGCGGACUUUCUAGGAGACAAAAAUAGCGGACCACAAGGGGUUAACGACGAAUGAAUUUAGAAAAGAAAAUUAGCGAUUAGAUGAAUGAUUAUUUUGUAGACACGUAUGUCCAGGUUGUACAGAUAUAUAUAUACAUAUAUACAUAUAUAAUAAUAUGUAUAAUAUAUAUAAUACAUAUGUAUAUAUCUAUAUUUUAAUUACGAGUUAUUUAUAUACAUGUAUAGAACGUAAAGAAGAUAGUCGCGAUGAGUCGCUUCCGAUAUGGUUGUAUCCAAGUGUACUAAUUGUUUUCGAUCAUCUUUGCAAUGAUGCACCGAAUGUCGAAAAUGGCUGCGUAUAUUAUUAAUAAAUUGUACUUCACUUUUUCA